AUGAGACUCUGCCUCUCACAGCCAGUCCUGGGUCCAUUGUCUCUGGAGGUGAAGAACUACAGUGCAACCACACAUUUCAUUCUGCUGGGGUUCUCUACACGGCCAGCCUUCCAGAUGCUGCUCUUCUGUGUAUUCCUAGUCGUCUAUCUUAUAACUCUGCUAGAGAACUUCCUUAUCAUCUUGGCCAUCCGUAGUAAUGCACAGCUGCACAAGCCUAUGUACUUCUUCCUGAGCCACCUGUCCUUCUUGGAGAUGUGGUAUGUCACCAUUAUCAGCCCUAAGAUGUUAGUGGACUUCCUCAGCCAUGACAAAAGCAUCUCUUUUAAUGGUUGCAUGGCUCAGCUCUACUUCUUUGUCACCUUUGUCUGUACAGAGUACAUUCUCCUGGCUGUCAUGGCCUUUGACCGAUACACAGCAAUUUGCAAUCCUCUGAGAUACCCAGUCAUCAUGACUCCCAGAGUCUGUGGUACCCUGGCUGGGGGAUGCUGGCUGUGUGGCUUGAUAACUGCCAUGAUCAAGAUGGUCUUCAUUGCCAGGCUUUACUACUGUGGCACACCACACAUCAACCAUUAUUUCUGUGACAUCUCUCCACUGCUCAAUGUCUCCUGUGAGGACUCCUCACAGGCAGAGCUUGUGGACUUCUUCUUGGCCCUUAUGGUCAUCGCUGUGCCCCUCUGUGUGGUGGUAGCAUCCUAUGUCACAAUUCUCACCACCAUCCUCAAGAUACCCUCUGCUCAGGGUCGCAAGAAGGCCUUCUCCACCUGUACCUCCCACCUGACUGUGGUCACUCUUUUCUAUUCUACCACACUAUGCACCUAUGCCAACCCCAAGCUCAUGUACACCUACAGUUCCAACAAGCUGGUAUCAGUACUCUACACCAUCAUCGUUCCACUUCUCAACCCUGUCAUCUACUGUCUGAGGAACCAUGAGGUGAAGGCUGCUCUCAAGACCAUCCUGUGCAGAGGAAAUGGGUCUCAGAAAAAUAGCUCUGAGUAA